UCUCUCUCUCUCUCUCUCCCCAUUAUUUGUAUAAAUUUAUGCCCCUAAUCCGACCAACCUCCCCAACAUUCUCACUCCCUUCCUCUUCUCUCCACCUCUAAAAAAAAUACGCAAAACAAAACAAUACACAAACAUAACCACAUGACUCCUCUCCUCUUCUACUCCUUCCUCUACUUACUGUCUUCAUCUUCCAAUGUGGGUGUCGCCGGCGCCGGCCAUAACUCCGGCGAAUCUCCGUCGGCCGAAGUGAACCCAUUCACACCAAAAGCAUUUCUGAUUCGUUACUGGAACAAACAGAUCUCCAACACCUUGCCCAAACCAUGGUUUCUUCUCAACAAGGCCUCCCCGUUGACCGCCGUGGAAUCGGCGACUUUUUCAAAACUCGCCGAUCAGAACUCCCUCUCCGCUAACCUCCGAUCUUUCUGUUCCUCGGCGAACUUGCUCUGCUUUCCCGAUUUAUCGGCGAGCCUCGAAAAGCAUGACCAAAACGCCAACUUUGCAAUCUACCUAAACAAAAACUUCACCAACUACGGAACGAGUCGAGUCGGCGGAGUCGACUCGUUCACGAACUACUCCGACAACGAUAACGUCGUCCUCGACUCGUUCCGCCGGUACAGCCGAGGCAGUACCGGACACAAAGACAAAUUUUCCAAUUAUGCCCCCAGCACCAAUGUCCCGGAGGACACCUUCAACACCUACGGCGCCUCCGCAACUGGCGGCUCCGGCGAGUUCAAGGCCUACAACAAGUUUGUCAACGUCCCCAACCUCCACUUCACCUCCUACUCCGCCGCCGCGAACGGCCGUGACCAGUCGUUCGGGUCUUACUCCGAUGAGACAAAUGCAGGGGAUCAAUCGUUCGUGAAUUAUGGACGAAACGGAAAUGGAGCUGUGAAUGGGUUCAAUAGCUAUGGAAAGGACUCGAAUGUUAUGGGGUCGAGCUUCAAUGGCUAUGGUGAUUCUGGCAAUGGAGCGAACGAUUCGUUCACUUCGUAUGGGUUCAAUGGAAAUGUACCCGAAAAUAAUUUCAAGAUUUAUGGUAAUGGUGGCAAUGCUGCGAUUGAUAAAUUCAGUAGUUACAGAGAUCAAUCGAAUGUUGGUGACGAUUCCUUUCAAUCGUACGACAAGAAUUCCAAUUCUGGGAAGGUGAAUUUCGAGAACUAUGGCAAAUCGUUCAACGAAGGUACAGAUAAAUUUACUGAGUAUGGUAAGGGCAAAUCGGGAAACACAAUCGGCUUCAAAAUCUAUGGAGUUAACAAUACCUUCAAAGACUAUGCAAAAAAGGGUGUUUCAUUUGCUACAUAUGCUAAUAAAAGCUCUGCUAAGCUGUCUUCAAUGGCGGAGAGUGGCAGGGCUGUAAAUAGAUGGGUGGAACCGGGUAAAUUUUUUCGGGAGAGAAUGCUCAAGACUGGGAUUGUGAUGCCAAUGCCUGAUAUUCGCGAUAAAAUGCCCACAAGGUCGUUUUUGCCCCGGCUGAUUUCAUCAAAAUUACCAUUUUCGACCUCGAAGCUUUCUCAGAUGAAGGAAAUCUUCCAUGCCAGUGAUAACUCGAGCAUGGAGAGUAUACUCGCGGAUGCGUUGAGCGAGUGCGAGAGGGCACCAAGCCAGGGUGAGACUAAGCGGUGUGUGGGCUCGGCUGAGGACUUGAUUGAUUUCGCCAUCUCGGUCUUGGGUAGGAACGUGGUGGUUCGGAUCACCCAGAACACAAAUGGGUCGAAGCAGGAUGUGAUGAUCGGGUCAAUCAAAGGAAUCAACGGUGGACAAAUCACGAAAUCGGUGUCUUGUCAUCAGAGUUUGUUUCCGUACCUACUGUAUUAUUGUCACUCGGUUCCUAAGGUUCGGGUCUACGAAGCAGAUAUUUUGGAUCCAAAAACUAAGGCCAAGAUCAACCACGGAGUUGCCAUCUGCCACGUGGAUACAUCUGCUUGGAGCGCGGGUCAUGGAGCUUUCUUGGCUUUGGGUUCGGGUCCGGGAAAAAUUGAGGUUUGUCAUUGGAUCUUUGAGAAUGAUAUGACUUGGUCUACUGCUGAUUGAAACUGUUACAAACAGUUUUGUGCGUUGGGUUCUAAUCGGGUGGGUAACAAAACCGGGUCACGAGUCCAACCCAAGUAGAAAGCUCAGUUGAUUUACCCUUUGAAUGUGGCUGUAAGUUACAUUUUCAAGUUUAUAAUUUAAUUAUAAAGUGCCUAAAUGAGCAUGGUUUGAUGAUACAAUAAGCUAUAUAUUAUUAUUAUUUUUUUUUUGCUAUUUUA